AUGGCUGGUCCCCGCGAGCCCUCGGGUCGCAAGCCUCCAGGCCAAGACGAGGUGUUCUUUAAGACCUAUGUCCCGCCAGCACGAGAUGCCAUCCACCUGCCCAUCCAUGCGCUGUACAUGCUCCUCGCCACUGUCGUCAUAGUCAUGACCCUCUACGCCAUCAUCGGUCAUCUCAUCAAAGAUCUGAUCCAUGACUUAGCAGACUGGCUGUUUGGAGAGCAGCUGGAAGAAUCGCAGAUUAACCUCCUGGAGACACGGGAUAAAUUCAUGGCUGACUGGUAUCCGGAGACAAACCCUGAUCUGGAGGAGCUGGCUCGCGCAGAGCAGAUCAAAGUAGUCAUGGAGGGUAACUGUACCCCGGCUAUCUGGGUGAACCCAGACGAGGUCGAGCCCCACCCCGGCCGCACCGGGCCACGGGUGGCUUUCGGCAAAAGCACAUAAGUCCUUUACUGGCUCCGUGCUGUUACAUUCUUUAUGUGAAUAUUAUUUUUUCUUCCAUCCUUAUAUUUUCCUUAUUCUUGCAUUCUGUAUUAUGUGCUGUAUAUUCUGUAUAUUUUAUAAAAAGAAUACUUUUGAAUUAGGUUAUGUACUCAGGUAACUUUUUUUGUACUUUCUAAAGCACAGGUACAUGCAUAAAUUUACUUUACUGCCUAAAUCUGGUAAGGUGGGAAUGUCUUUGUUUUUGUUAUAACAAUUAGUUGUAAAGCACCCUUUAUUAUUGUCGUUAUUAGAUAUAAAGCACCUGCUGGAAUUGCCACGUACUAGUGCCACCUAGAAGCCAUAUAAGGAAUCCAGCAGUAGUAGUGAUAAGUUAAAAAUUGAAAUUUGAAAGUUGAAAUUUGUAUUCAGUAAAUUGAUAGGCCUUCUUAAUUCACUAGUCUAGGAAGUAGCCAAUGCUUUCAUUAAUUAACACAUAACCUAUAGCUACAAUUCAUUAGCAUAUCAUAUUAGCAUAACAGUUUGUAAAUUGCAUCGGCACCUUUUGGUUAAUUUCUAAAAUUAAUA